CGCUACGAGCUACCGGAGUAGGCAGGAGCCUCACUGUUGAAAGAGACUCAGAUUUUACACAGCCAGUAUCGCUUGAAAGCGCAAAAUUCUGCACGAAGCAGUUCAUCAAAAUCAAUCAAGAUUUUACGAAAGAAGAAGUAUGAGUAUUAGUGUCAGUCAGGCGUUAAGUAAUUGUGAACGUAGUAAAAACGAAGAAAUUAUGCCGAGUUUAAUAUCCAGUAAUUGUGCGAUGUCAAGUAAAUACAUUGAGGAGGGUAUGUAUGAGGGAAUGAGACAACAGCAGCAGCACUACUGUAUAACGCUGGGCGUGGGGCCUCUGUGGUGGUCCGAUGCGCCCCAUGCCGCCUUGUCUGUCUCAACAGUCAACACAGAGAGCCGCGGCGUGGGGAUUAAGCAGAGUCAGCUCUCUGUGAGCUCCCACAUCGUUCAAGAGAAUGAACUACUAAAUGAAUUGAAAAAGCGUGAAUCGUUACGCAUUACAUUCGCGCUACGCUUGACAGAGAGUACUUGUGUCAAGUGGGAAACAGUGGUAUGGCAGGGUUGCCUUUACAUCCAAGUUCCCAGCUGCCUUCUUCCCGAAGGAUCUAAAGAGGGAUUCGUCUCGCUAUUAGAAUAUGCUGAGGAAACGCUACACUGCACAAACGUCGUUGUUUGCCUCAGGAAGGAUCGCUCGGACAGAGCUAUGCUCGUCCGCACCUUCAUGUUCCUGGGCUUUGCUGUCCUACCGCCUACCCACGCACUCGUGCCCCCUGGCAAUGAUUCCGGUAAUCUCUACAUGCUUUACGCUAUUGAGUAAUUGACCACCCACUCAGCUUCACUGUUAAAUCUAACUCAAAGGUACCACAGUUUAAUCGAGUUAAGGCACAAAGGAAGCCAUGUAUACGUAGUAAAACUGAAAAGAAUACCCACGUCGUUAAUUUUAUUAAAAUUUUUCAUUUCGCUGCCCGUGCCAUAUGCUGCAGUUUCUUCAUUUUCUUAUCGAGGGAACUGCUAAGCAGCAGUUUGAGUUUCAUUUUUAUAAAAACUAAGUCGACGAAACUAAGCCAAGUCAUUUGUACAAACUACCGAUCUAAAAAUAGUUACCUAUGAGUUAGAUUUAACGAUACACAGCGUUUAGUAACGAGAUAGUCAUCUUUAGAGCUCAUAGAUAAAGAAGCUUUGGAAUGAGUAAAUUACCCAUUCUUUUGAACGAUGUUGAUAAUAAUAUUAAAUCUUAUUAUAUGCUCACACAAUAUCCCCAGCGUCUUAAUAGCAGUUUGAUCAGAUUUGAAUAAAUCGUCAAAUUCCAUCAGAUAUUUUUUAUUCAUUUACUGACAAUCGUGCGGUUAAAUUUAUUGUCGAAAAAACUUCAAUGUUAAUUGUGUGGCAGAUUGGGAAUUGUUAGAAUUUAUGACCAUAAUAUCUACAUAACUAUAUAAGUAUAUACCUAUAUUUUCGUUUUGUUCAUUUAUAUGAGCAUUAUACCUUAUUAAAUUUUUAAUUACACUUAAGCACUAUAUCUAUACUGUUGAAUGUACUUUAUUUUAGUAGAUAUGUUAUCACAUCUUAUUAUUGGCCACUUCGACACAUUUCAUCUUCGAUAUAUUUCAAAAGUUCAUAGCCUUUCAGAAAAAUCUAAGUAAAUUAAUGAGAAUACAUUCACAGAUGAAGAGUUUUGCUGAUAUUUGAGUCUGUUAAAUACUAUAAUUUUUCUGUCCAAUGAUUCAUUAACAUUCGCCUGGAUUCUGAAAUCUAUAAAUUCAUGAUUGCAAUUCGGUAUACUUGUGAGAAGUGUGCAAACUUUAUCGAUGCAGAUAUUUCAAAGUACUGUCCAAUAUGUGAUGAGUAUAUUCCAAUGCAAAACUGAUUGCAACAUUGGCAUUAGAGGCGAUGAAAAAAUAUUCUAAUCGUAAAAACGGUGAUAUGAUUGUCACACACCACGAGGUAGUGAGAAAAAUGAAAAAAAAAGGACGGAGACCAAACAAAUUAGUACAAUGUAUAACGAUGUUCGCCGUGCACUUUUCCCUAUACUCACAAUUCUGCGUAUUUUUAGAACACUUUGAAAUAUUUUAUAUUAUUUCUAUAAUACAUACCUAUGCUAGUUGAUAUUUAGACUACUUCAAUAUUACUAAUCUGAUUUUAUUUUAAUAAUUCCUUAGAUAAUUCCCAAUCAAUUAACGUUUUAAGAGUUCUUGCUAAUAAAUACGCCUCUCAAGUUGUACGAGUAGAGACAACGACUAUGAAUAUGAAAUCGAAAAAAAAUUAUUAAAUAAAAAAAAAAAAACAA